AUGAACCCCCAGGCAAAACUAAUCUUCAUCACCAGCCUACUCCUGGGCACAACCAUCACACUCUCAAGUAACCACUGAAUUACAGCCUGAACAGGCCUUGAGAUCAACACACUUGCCAUCCUGCCCCUCAUCUCAAAAUCCCACCACCCACGAGCAAUCGAAGCCGCCACUAAGUAUUUCCUAGUACAAGCAACCGCCUCUACAUUAGUCCUAUUCGCCAGCAUAACCAACGCAUGAGCCACCGGACAAUGAGACAUCACCCAACUAACUCACCCAGCGUCCUGCAUAAUCCUAACUUCAGCCCUAGCAAUAAAACUAGGCCUAGUACCAUUCCACUUUUGAUUCCCCGAAGUGCUCCAAGGCUCCCCCCUCAUCACAGGCCUCCUCCUAUCCACAGCCAUAAAAUUCCCACCAAUCACCCUCCUCUUCAUAACCUCCCCAUCGCUCAACCCCAUCCUACUCACCACCAUGGCCAUCCUCUCCGCAGCCCUAGGAGGCUGAAUGGGCCUAAACCAGACCCAGACCCGAAAAAUUAUAGCCUUCUCCUCCAUCUCCCACCUGGGUUGAAUAGCCAUAAUCCUAGUCUAUGACCCCAAACUCACCCUACUAAACUUCUACCUAUACACCCUAAUCACUGCAGCCGUAUUCCUAACUCUAAACACCAUCAAAGCCCUAAACCUAUCCACACUAAUAACUACAUGAACAAAAACCCCAUCACUAAGCGCAACCCUCCUGCUAACCCUACUAUCCCUUGCAGGGCUUCCCCCCCUAACAGGAUUCCUGCCAAAAUGAAUAAUUAUCCAAGAACUAACCAAACAAGACAUAACACCCACAGCAACAAUCAUGGCCCUACUAUCACUACUAAGCCUAUUCUUCUACCUCCGCCUCGCAUACUGCGCAACAAUCACACUCCCCCCGCACACCACAAACCACAUAAAACUAUGGCACACCCACAAACCAACUAAUGCCUCAGUGGCCCUCCUAGUCACCAUAUCCACCCUACUCCUACCCAUCUCGCCUAUAAUCCGCACCAUUGUCUA